AUGUCCACAGAGGUUCAGAGGGUAGUGGUGAUCCAGGAUGCAUCAAAGGAUGUUAGUCUAACCGCACUCAGAUGGGCACUGAAGGGCUUAUCACUAAAGCCUGGAGAUGUGAUGACCCUUGUUGGUGUUCUUCACCAGGUUAAUAACCCUUUGGGAUUCAAGACCAAGGUGGAUGAAACGAACCAGAUAAUUGUUCAGAAAUUGGUUGCCGGAAAGAAUGAUGAGUACCAUAACAAUGUGGAGAUCAAGAAAAUUUCAGAGGAGUACGAGGCACAAAAGAUCGAGUUCUAUAUAGACGUGCAUGCAGGACCUUGUCCAAAGGUGGUUGCUGUGAAGGCUGCCAGAAAGUUGAGGGCAACAUGGGUGAUACUCGACAGGCAGAUGAAGCAAGAGAAGAAAUACUUCAUGGAGAAGCUUUCGUGUGGUAUAUCAAGGAUGAAACGCGACAACAGCGUUCAACUUUUGAGAGGAGCAAAAGCAAUGGGGGUUGGGGACAGCACACCCUCGAAUACUGAAAGCAUCAGUGCCGGUGCGGUCCACGUACCAUAUAAUGAAAUGGUACAAGGCAGCACAGAUGAAGAACUAUCUCCUAACAGAUUUCCAGGUGAUAAUCAGAAGAACAGCUUAGACAAAGGACAUUGUCCGGAUGGUUGUCAACCGCAAGUUCAUAGGAGUGAAGCCUCAAGUUCUAGUUGUACUGAGGCCAAGUGUUCACCUUUACAUUUUAAGGAGGAAGGAAACACCACAACUACAGAACAGAGAACAGGAGGAGAGCGAUCCCUGCAGUCCAUUUCUGCGAAUCGAGAGAGUGGUCCAAAAGAAACAUCUAAUUUGGGGAGCCCAGAUGAACAGAAAAACAACAAAAGUGGUUGGACGGAAGAGUGUCUGAUGGAGGAGGAAUUUCCUAACUCCGUGUGUUCUAUAUGCGAGAAUAGACGACCAAAAAUUGGAUGGAAGAGAGAAUUCACUUAUUCAGAACUCCAUGCCGCUACAAAGGGAUUUUCCAUAAAGAAUUUCCUAUCAGAAGGUGGAUUUGGUUGUGUCUACAGAGGAGUGAUGGAUGGGCUGAAGAUUGCCGUUAAGCAACACAAAAAUGCAAGCUUGCAAGGAGAGAAGGAAUUCAAGUCUGAAGUUCGUGUACUAAGCAAAGUCAGACAUAAGAAUCUGGUCAGACUGUUGGGGUCAUGUUCAGAAGGAAGCCACAGGCUGCUCGUUUAUGAAUAUAUCUGCCAUGGUUCUUUGGAUUUACAUCUAUCAAGGGACAGCCGCAAACCCAUCAGCUGGGAUAAAAGGAUGAAAAUAGCUAUGGGAGUUGCCCAGGGCUUACAAUAUCUGCACGAAAACAAGGUCAUCCACAGAGAUAUGAGACCAAACAACAUCCUUAUAACCCAUGAUUACGAAGCUCUGCUUGGAGAUUUUGGUCUUGCAAGAACUCAACAUGAAGACCCAAAUAACUCAUUAGAGACAAUGGUCGUCGGAACUUUGGGAUACUUGGCCCCAGAAUAUGCAGAAUGUGGGAAAGCAUCAACCAAGACAGACGUGUAUGCUUUUGGGGUGGUUCUAUUACAGCUGAUUACCGGGAUGAGGACAACUGACCGUAGACUUGGAGGGAAAAGUCUUGUGGGAUGGGCAAGACCGCUAUUGAAAGAAAAGAACUACCCGGCCUUAAUUGACGAGAGGAUUAUGGACUCGCACGAUGUCCACCAGCUGUUUUGGAUGGUUCGAGUAGCAGAAAAAUGUCUCUCAAAGGAUCCUGAUACGAGGUUAACGAUGGAAAAUGUGGUUGGGGCUUUAGAUUACAUAAUAGAAUGCAACCCAAUAUGUGGCAAAGUCUGCUCCCCAGCUCGAUCAGACUCAUUCAGCAGCAUGCCUGUCACUCCUGACUCACAGGGCAGCAUGCGAGACUCCCCUGAAUCACAUGCUGAAGACGGAAGCAUUGUCAUGGCAUCUGCUUCCACAAUUAGAUUGUCCUCUAUGCCUGAAAAGUUUACUUGGGGCGGUGAAAACAUAGAUGAAAAUGAGACAGAAGUGCCUCCAACUAAUAGAGUGUUACUUUAUGAUGAGAUGAUGGUCGCCUAGAUACGAUUAUCCACAACUUCAUCUUCAGUGAUAGAUAAUUAAUCCGAGUUAAUAAAUAUAUAAUAUCCU